GGUUGGACGAGGCCGUUGAGGCCCUGGAGCGCUCCAUUUUGCUUUUGGAAGGCGAAACCGGGUCGGGUCAGGCCAUGGCCCAGUUUUCCGGGUACAUGCAACUUGGAGACACUUGUUCCAUGAUUGGACAGUUGGAUAGGUCCAUUUCGUGUUACGAGUCGGGUCUGAAGAUCCAAAUGGACGUUCUGGGUGAAUCCGACCCGAGAGUUGCUGAAACUUGUAGGUACCUAGCUGAAGCUCAUGUUCAAGCCAUGCAAUUCGAUCAGGCAGAGAAAUUCUGCAAAAAGACCCUAGAAAUUCACAGGGAGCAUUGCUCUCCUGCUUCCCUCACCGAAGCAGCCGACAGGCGUCUAAUGGCCCUUAUAUUCGAGGCCAAGGGAGAUUUUGAACCAGCACUUGAGCAACUUGUCCUAGCUAGCAUGUCAAUGAUCGCCAAUGCACAAGACAAUGAGGUUGCAGCUAUUGAUGUUAGCAUUGGGGACAUCUACUUGUCACUAUGCCGUUUUGAUGAGGCUGUUUUUGCCUAUCAGAAAGCUCUAACAGUGUUCAAAUCCACCAAAGGUGAAAGCCACAGUUCUGUGGCAUUAGUGUACAUUCGCCUCGCAGAUCUUUACUACAGGACAGGGAAAUUAAGAGAGUCAAAAUCCUAUUGUGAAAAUGCCUUGAGAAUAUACAGUAAGCCUGCGGCUGGAACAACCGCCAUGUACUUAUAG